AUGCCGGGCAAUUUGCUCGCCAUUCUUGGCACCAUCACUUCGGCCCUGACGGUGCUGAUUGGCCUCAUCUACGUCUACAAUAAGCCGCCAUCGUUCGAAUAUGUUUGGUCUGACUGCACCUGGACCUUUCCUGACAAAGAGAGUACCGACUGCAACAUGAAGUGGCAGAGCAAUUGGGGCGUGAUGUGCGUGCUGAAAUACACCCCGCUGAUCUUCGGCAUCCUGGGUUCAGCGAUGUUCCAACCUGGCAUGAUGCAGGUGGUGGGCUUCCCCCGCAACUUCUUGCAGUACGGCCUUUUCCUGUGGCUUCAAGGCUUCUACGGUGACAUGGGAUACUGUGGGAAGCUAGGUGUCAUCGUUGGCUUCCUUAGCUGCAUUGUUGGCACCAUUUGCUUGGUGGCAUCCCUCUUUGACCUCAAGAGCUCCAGGAUGAUGCGACUGGAGGAGGAAUUCAAGCACAUGUACGUGGAGGAGGAGCCAGGGAUGGAGUAUGCCUCUGUCGCAGGAGCCGGCGCAGUGCCAGUGAUGGCGGGAGUUGCUGGAGCAGCGGUUUCACCCAGCGCAAAGGGCCUCUUUGAAAAGUUUGACACAGAUGGCGAUGGAGUGAUCUCGAGACAGGAGUAUUCCUCGGGAAUUUCUGCCGGCCUGCGUCGCUAG